AUCCAGUACCACGCGACCCUGUCCCUCCGCCUUGCGAAUGAGAGCAGGUUGUGAAGCCCAGGAGGUUGCCUCUUGCCUGACCGUGCAACUCCCUCGAGCCUUGGGAUUACAGGUUUAGCCAAUUAGCCCUGGAAAGCCCUGGAAAGCCCCGGAAUGCCCCGGAAAGCGCAGAGCGGAGGAAAGCGCAGCGCGGAGGAAAGCGCAGGAAGGAUGCGGUUCUUAGCUCCUCAGCAGCCACCUCGCUCCCCAACGAGUCGUUCCAGGUAGUAAGCCCGUCCGCCAUGGGCAACGGGUCGCCGCUACAUCCCUCGCUGAAGAAUUCUUCGCUCAAGCAGCAGUCGUCAGGACACUCGGCGUCGCUGCCGACGAUUCCGUCGCAGGCGAGAGACGAUGCGACCAACGCCGCGGCGGCGUACGCGGCUUCGAAUAGGAUGCGCGUCUCCGCCGUCCGAUGGGACGAUCUGGACCGUCUGAACAGCCCCGGCGACUCGGCACGUCAGCACGAGCCCACCGAUAUUCCCACGUGGCCGACUCUGUCUGGCGUGACGGCGACGAGCUCAGCCGCAGAGAGCGAGCGCGCGGGGCACGAGGCGUGGGACGAGGCGAGGGCGCGCAGGGAGUGGGGGGACGACGCGUCCGCGGCGCAAAGACGGACGAACGGGAGGGCGGAAAGAGGGGAGCGGGGGGAGUGGGGGGAACGGGUGGGAGGGGAAGGGGCGGAAGGGGCGGAUCUGGAUGAGCAGAACAGAUACGAGCUGCCGCACAAGCAGCGCUUCCCAGGGGACCAUGACCUGUCGCCGCUACAGCAGUUUCUGCACUGGGCCUCCCAGACCCUCCUGGGUCGCCCCUCACGGGGCUCCACGCACUCAGCCUUCGCCAUUUCCCGCAUGGCCUCGCAGAGCGCAGCAAACCUCCCACCCUCCGACAGCCGAGCCAGCAGCGUAGGCUCGGGGCUCCGACCUGAAGGCUCGGCAACGCUAGGCAGGGCCAAGGCCCUGUCGCGGUCCGACACAUUCUUUCUGCGCGAGAUGCGCGCCACAGAGGUGCUGGGCAGCGCCGUGGUGGCGCCGGACAAUGGCUACCUACUAUUGUGGCAGCAGCUGGUCCUCGUGCUGUCCUUCUACUCCGCCUUCAUCACGCCCCUCGAGUUCUCCUUCCUGCCCGUGCUGCCGCCGGGCCUGGCCAUGGCGGAUAACAUCAUCAACGCCUUCUUCCUCGCCGACCUGCUGCUCACCUUCUUCGUCGCCUUCAAGGACAGGCGGACGCAGAGCUACGUGUGCGACCACUGGAGCAUCGCCACCAGAGUGGCGACGACGGUACUCACGAAAGUCGUCAGCAUACUUAGCCGUGGCGUCCUUGUGCUGUUGGAGGAGUGUGUUGGCGGCGUCGUGCGCAGCUUGCUCUGCGUCAUACGCGUGAUGGAGGAGAGUGUACUCCGCAAAGUCCUUGUCAUAUUGGUGUAUCUCUGCACGUUCUUCGCCUGUGACGUGCUCGCGCUCUUCCCCUGGGACACCUUCUUCCAGCUGGCAGGAGGGGAAGGUGAUGACAACCUGCUGCGAUGGUUUUUAUGGACCAGAGUUGUGAGGACACGCCAUGUGAUGAACUACUUCCACCGGUUGCAGAGGGACAUCCGGCUGAGCUACUUCGCGGUGCGUGUGGUGAAGCUCAUAUUCGUGGAGCUCUACAUCACCCACGUGGCCGGCUGCUUCUUCUACUUCCUCGCCACCACCUACCCGCCCGACCAGGAAGGCAGCACGUGGAUCGGCAGCCUCACUCUGGGGGACCUGCAGUACACGGACUUCCGAGACAUUGACCUGUACACGCGGUACUUCACUGCGCUCUACUGGUCCGUCAUCACCAUGGCCACUAUUGGCUACGGCGACGUGCAUCCAGUGAACCCGCGGGAAAUGGUGUUCGCCAUGGUCUACAUCUCCUUCGACCUCGUCCUCUCCGCCUACCUCGUUGGUGAGCCGGCUCUUACAGCGCAAGGGUCCAACACGACGCGGUACCGCGAGAAGAUGUCAGCGCUGAUCAAGUACAUGAAUAGGAACCACCUGCCGCAUGCGCUGCGGCAGCAGAUGAGACAGCACGUGCGGCUGCAGUUUGAGACGAGCAGGUGAGGACGAGGUGAUGAGGAGUUUCCCCUCAGCAUUCGCCACAAGGUGGCGCGUGCCCUCUACCAGCGCACUGUCGAGGCCUGCUACCUCUUCGACGGGUGCUCUGGGGAGUGCAUUAACCAGAUCGUGAGUGGAAUGCGCCACGUGUGUGCUGAUGGCACAUGCAGCACAUGUAUGUUGAAUGCAGCACAAGGUGGCUCGUGCUCUCUACCAACGUACUGUUGAGACAAGCUACAUCUUCGACGGGUGCUUGGGUUAGGGAGUGCAUCAGAGAGAAAAUGUGGAGAGAAGAAUUGACCACGGGAACUUGGGAAGGUUGGACCACCAACAAUUGAGGAGCCAAUAAUGUUGGUGGAAGACCAACAAGAUUGAACACCUCGAUAUUUGGGGUCAAGGGUUGGUUGAAUAUCCAACCCCAACAUUCAUCUACACCCCUA